UGGUGGCUGAUUUGUGCCAUUUCGCGUUUUCGCCCCGCGACCCCGCCAAGCGAAAAGUCGAGAGUUAACAAGUUAAAAUGGCGGGGGCGCGGAGCGAAAACACGCUAAUUAGCGUGGGCGCGGGGCGAAAAGUCGAGAUUUAAUUGUGAAACCGCGGGACCGCGAAGCGAAAUAUUUAUUGUUUAAGGGCGCUUAUUAGCGUGCUGUUGUCCGCGCCCCCGCCAAAUUAUUCUUACAAAAUCUCGACUUUUCGCUUCGCGUCACCGCCGUUUUAUUUCUUAAAUCUCGUCCCGCGACCCCGCGGGGCGAAUUUUUUUACUUAAAUCUCGCCCCGCGCCCCCGCUAAUUAGCGUGUUUUCGCUCCGCGUCCCCGCCGUUUUAUUUCUUAAAUCUCGUCCUGCGACCCCGCGGGGCGAAGUUUUUUUCCUUAAAUCUCGCCCCGCGCCCCCGCUAAUUAGCGUGUUUUCGCCCCGCGCCCCCGCCGUUUUAUUUCUUAAAACUCGUCCCGCGACCCCGCGGGGCGAAGUUUUUAUAUCUUAAAUCUCGCCCCGCGCCCCCGCUAAUUAGCGUGUUUUCGCCUCGCGCCCCCGCCGUUUUAUUUCUUAAAUCUCGUCCCGCGACCCCGCGGCGCGAAGUUUUAUUUCUUAAUUUUCGUCUUCCGGUUUUUGGUGGGGCAUGCGCAGUUUGUUUUACACAGUGUGUUAACACACAGGCAUAGAUCGAUGCACUCGGGACAUUUGAACAGGAUGGAUGAUAUACUUGACGAACUUGGUGUUGGGCAUUUAAAAGAAAAGUUUAAACAAGAUAGGGUUAAUCCUGAAGAUGUAAAAUAUCUGACAGAAAGAGAUUUUGUAGAACUGGGUGUGACAGCUAUAGGUGACAGAGCCAGGAUAAGGGAACGCUGUCGUGAAAAGUGUGAAG